UUGGUAAUUCAGCCAAUUCGUAUAUUUCAGGGUAGCGAGGAUCUCAUCAAGCGAGGUCGUCAACUUGGCGGUGGUCAAUUAUAUACUGUUCACAUAGACGUAACUAAAGACGAAAGCGUGAAGGAUGCACGGGUUAAGGUCGAAAAAAUUCUCACCGAAAAGAAAGCGCAACUUCAUGGGAUCGUGAACAAUGCGGGAGUAUUUACAAUUUUUGGACCAGAUGAUUGGUGCACAACAGAAGAAUAUCUAGCAUCGUUGAAUGUGAACACUUUGGGCACAGUGCGUGUGUGUCACAACUUACUACCUUUGGUGAAAAAGAGUAAGCUUCUAGCGCGGUCCUACCGCGGUCCACUCUAA